GUAUAGGAUUUUAUUUUCUCUUUUUAGAAGCUAGAUUUUGUAGAUUCGUUAUGGAGAAAUCCUAAGAGUUGACAAACAGGAGCAGAGAAACUAAUUAAGAACCCCACUACAUCUAUGAUUUGGUUUUUAAUCACUCAAAAUUAAUAGAAAAACAUAGAUUCUUACAUACAUUAGCAUGUGGAGGAGGUUGGGGCGGUGCGAUGCUUUGAAGCAGAGCAUAUCUGUAGCAGUUGGAAGGAGACCUCUGCCUUCCCCUCAGAGUCCGCAGAUGGAGGGAAUGAUAGUGAGAACCAGUCCAGCAUUCCGCGGUAAAAUUUUUUGGAUAAAUUCUUCAUCUUCUGAUGUCAAUGCAGUCUCUGAUUCCAAAAGUGCAGGAGGACUAGAGAACCUAACAUUCGCGGAGGCUAAGAAGCUGAUGAGGCUGGUUAACGUGGAAUCACUCAAGACAAAACUAGAAAUGGAAGGCAAAGAGGUGAUAGGCUACUCGGAGCUACUUGAAGCCUGCAAGAGCAUGGACGUUGCUAGAUCUCUGAAUGAGGCCAUUGCUUUGGCACGGGUUUUAGAUGAGGCAGGUGUUGUACUUGUAUUCCGCGACAAGGUUUAUCUUCAUCCUGGGAAGGUGGUGGAUCUGGUUAGAAAAGCAAUGCCUCUUGCAUUGGCUUCCGAAGAUGAUCCUAUCAAGGAUGAGCUAAAGAGGCUGCUGGAACAAAAAGAAGAAAUUGAUGUGCAGGCUCAUAAGGAAGUUCAUCGUAUACUCUGGACCGGUCUGGGAUUAACUGUAGGACAAGUUGGACUAUUCUUCCGGCUAACAUUUUGGGAAUUCUCGUGGGAUGUUAUGGAACCGAUUACAUAUUUUACCACCAGCAUUAUUAUAGUUAUAUGCUAUGCUUACUUCCUGUUCACUUCAAGAGAUCCCACGUACCAAGAUUUGAUGAAGAGGCUUUUUCUUUCCAGGCAGAGAAAAUUGUUCUUGAACCAUAAUUUUGAUGUUGGCAAAUUAAAGGCGUUACAAAAUAAGUGCAGAACUCCUCUGGAUGCCUCUGCAUCUAUCUGAAAUCAUGUAGGGUUGAAAUUAGAACUAGGUGAUGCCUAACACAAAGAUUGAUUAUCUCAUCUCUAAGUAUUCCCUUCUUAUUCUUUCUUUUCUCUGUUUAUCUGUAUAAAUGAAUUUUCACCGUCAUUUUAUUGUAGUUAGGACUAAAGUAGUCCGACCGCGGUGAAUGUACUGUUUUUCUCCUAAAAUUAGCUCAUACUACUAUUAAUUUGUUCUGAUAUAUUGUUUAGAUUUAUCGAUAUUUUUUAAAAAUAUUUAAUAUAUGCAAUGAUUGAAAAUUC